ACAGUUUACGCAUAAUCAACUUAUUAAGGAUUAUACUUGACACGAAAGAUAAACAAGCAAGCUAGAAGCUAGAGGAAGAAGAAUGCGAUGACUUCACAAAAUAAAGAAAUAUCUUUAACUCUUUAUUCUUGGAAAGCAACCAUGUGACUCAAAAUCCUUUGAGAUAUGAAUACCAAUGAAACAGUAGCCGCCAUCUUGGUUGAUCUAACAAGAAAAGCUAGUGAGGAAUGCUUCUUUAUCGUCAAACAACAUAUCAGCUAUCGCGUUAUGCACCUCAAAGAUAGAUUUAAGGGUUUUUUUGAAAAUAUUCUGGACUUGAAUUCAAACAUGGAAACGAAAAACUAUCGAUCAAAGUGACGACCUCAAGAUAACCUUCAGUAAACCGACACGUCUGUUUACCCAAACAAAAAUUUAGAAACCAUGGAAACAAAAGUCCAUGAACUUCUGAAGGAAACCAUUUUACAUGAACUAUACUUGGGCUAAUGUUAAGCGAAACCAUUUUUGAAAUGUGAACAUAUAGAAACCCAUAAUACAAGCAUGAGUACUCAACAGAGAACAACGAAAGAUAUCUUGCUGCUAAUUCCAUUAAGUGCUCUGAGUUUCGCUGACCCCAUCACAGACAUUCUUACGCUGAUGGAAUAUUACAGUGCUGGACACAAGAACUGGUUUAUAGUAGGGCUGUUAUUUAUGAUAACGCCUUUUCCUGCAUUUUGGGCCUUUUUCUAUGGAACAAGCAAAAACAGUGACGCGAGAUGCGCAUAUGAUAUGAUGUGUCUAUGUGGUUGCCAUCCAUUUACGGUAGCAUUCUAUAGAUUGGAAGCCUUUGUCGUCUGUGGGAUAAAGAAAUUCUGGAAAGGCGAAGAGAUCGUAAAAGGACAAUAUGAAUAUGAUGUUCUGAAAGCUACUGAACAAUCUGCAAGUUUUGAAGCGCUUUUUGAGUCAGCUCCACAACUUGUAAUUCAGCUGUAUGUUGUUAGCGUUCAGAUAGAACCGGUGAACACUAUUCAAAUUAUUUCUUUACCAGUGUCAUUUUUAAGUUUGGUCUGGGCAUUCCAAGAAGAAAUUCCAAACAAGCCUAUGAAAUACAAGAUUCUAGACUUUUUGACAAAAUUUUUCCUUUUGAGCACUCGAUUGUUAGCAAUCACGUACUUUGUCGUUGGCUUCACUUGGUUGCUCAUAGCAAUAUUGGUUUUUCAUUUUAUUUCCUUACGAAUUAUGCAUUGCAUUUGGCCAUACGCUAACGCAGUGAAGACGUGCACGUGUACUUGUGAAAAUGUGUUAUUUUGGUGGUUUUUUUUCGGUUCAUCUUGGAUAGGAUACGAACCGUUCGAUGAAGAAGGUCUUGAAACAGAAACUGCCAGAAAACACCUCAGACUUAUUCAUUUUUUGUCAUAUUGCGUAAUAGUGCUGGAAAACGUCAUAAUGAUCCUCUUGUACUACGUCGAUUUUGGCGCCCCCUAUAAGACGUUUCGCGAGUGGUAUUCCUUACCAGUUACAGUGUACGUAUGUUUGUUCAGUAUUAUUACCUUUGUUCUUAGAUUUAUGUUUGUUCAUUAUUUUCUAUUGAACGAUAAUUAUGUUCAUCCAGAAUAACCCUCUUGAAGACAUUUGCAACUAUUACUCGUCUGCUUAAUGAGGUCAAUGCCUGUGACAGCCCAGUCUAAAGAUACGUUUGGAUUUUUUUUUUUAUCCUCAGUCCUCGGUAAAAAAAAA